CACCAGCACCAGCACCAGCAUCAUCAUCUUCAUCAUCAUCAUCAUCAUCAUCUUCAUCAUCAUCAUCACCAGCAGCAGCAGCAGCAGCAGCAGCAGAGGACCACCAGUCUGUUGCCCACACAGUGACAGGGAGGAGCGCGCUGCUGGAGCCGGUCCAUUCGACUCCCCUGUGCCAGGGCUGAUCACUCUGAUUGACCGUCGGGCGCGUCCCGGAGGAUCCCCCCAUCAGCCCCAUCACCCCCCCACCCACCCAGCGGAGUGCGGAGGAUCGAGGGGGAGACCGCUGUUGUUGUGUCCGCAGAUGACACGCAGAAGAAAGUGUGUGGGCGGAUGAGGAAGUUGUGCGCUCGGGUUGAUGUUACGCACCCACUGCUCUGGCACUUCUCGCGGCAGCGGCACACGGCGGGCGACUCCGCGUCCACACGAUUCCCGGGAGCAGAGGUGAUCCGCGCAUGGGAAAAUGACAAUCAAGUCCGUGGUCAUCCUCGUCACACUUGUGCUCGCUCCAGGUGCUCGUUGUGAUCUACUGGAUUAUGGCGACGACGAAGAGGACCAACACGACACGUCUGUCAACCAGAUGCUGGUGCCCAGGUCGCACCAGGAGGAUGCCACACUGAUACUGAACAAUCUGCUCAAGGAAUAUGACAAGACGCUGCGGCCAGACAUCGGAGUGAAACCGACAGUCAUCGAUGUGGGCAUAUAUGUCAACAGCAUCGGACCUGUGUCAUCCAUCGACAUGGAGUACCAGAUCGAUAUCAUCUUCGCCCAGACCUGGGUGGACACCCGUCUGCGGUACAACAGCAGCAGCAUGCGGAUUCUAACCCUCAACAGCAAUAUGGUCGGCCUGAUCUGGCUGCCCGACACCAUCUUCAGGAAUUCCAAGACGGCCGACUCCCACUGGAUAACGACACCCAAUCAGCUGCUCCGCAUCUGGAACAAUGGAAAAAUACUCUACACACUGAGGAUGACCAUCAACGCAGAAUGCCAGCUGCAACUCCAUAAUUUCCCAAUGGACGAACACUCCUGUCCUCUCGUCUUCUCCAGCUACGGCUACCCGAGGGACGAGAUCGUGUACAAGUGGAAGCGGAACUCGGUGGAGACCUCAGACCAGAAGUACUGGAGGCUUUACCAGUUUGAUUUCAUGGGGCUCAGAAACAGCACAGAUGUGCUCACGACGACAGCGGGUGAAUAUGUGGUGAUGACGGUGUACUUCGACCUCAGCAGAAGGAUGGGCUACUUCACCAUCCAGACCUACAUCCCCUGCAUCCUGACGGUGGUCCUCUCCUGGGUCUCCUUCUGGAUCAAGAGCGACGCCACGCCUGCCAGGACGGCCCUAGGUAUCACCACGGUGCUGACCAUGACCACGCUGAGCACCGUGGCCAGGAACUCGCUGCCCCGAGUCUCCUACGUGACGGCCAUGGACCUGUUCGUCACCGUCUGCUUCCUGUUCGUCUUCGCCGCCAUGAUCGAGUACGCAAUGCUCAACUACUACUCCUACAUUAUACGCAAACCUCCGCCGCGGAUGCAGAGAAUGGCCUACUCAUCCUUCAAUAUGAGUCGCAACCCUCGGACCAUGAUGCCGAUGGGAAACUCCCUCUUCUGGCACGACUACGACGACAACUGCCUUUACGAGUGCUUGGACGGGAAGGACUGCAAGAGCUUCUUCUGCUGCUACGAAGAGUGUAAAGAAGGCGGCUGGAGGAAAGGACGAAUCCACGUCAACAUCAGCGAUCUGGAUUCCUACUCCAGGGUUUUUUUCCCCACGUCUUUUUUGCUCUUUAACAUCGUCUACUGGGUCAGCUACCUCUACCUCUAGUCGGUCACGGGCCACGGUCCCUUGCUGAAACAGCCACGGCCUCCACGACUUUGCACCGCGGCUCACGAUUAGAGGUCAAAGGUAAGCGUGGAGGAGGAAAUGAAGGGGGAUCCACUCUGCGGCAAACGUGAAGGACGCAUGCUGGAAAACAGCGGUGUGCUGGUGUGCAGUCUAAAGGCCACGAUACUUUGAGCUGUGGCGUUCCGAGCAGGACAGAAUGCUCAGCAGAACAACAAGCCUGUCGGCGUUCACUUGAAAGGACGGGCCGCGUUCAUGACUCGCUCAGAAACCAAACAAGAAGACGGCGGUGACUUCAGAGACGUUGGGGGACGAGGGGUUUGCAUUGCUGAGUGUUGGUGGACGAGACGGCGAAGCACCCAUAGUGCCUUCUUUAGAAAGGGUGCCGCACCGAGAGACGCAGCUUCAGAGUUCCCUCCAUUAUCUUUAUUACCUCAUCCAUCACACCAACGCAUGCUGAGCUCUUUAUUCUUUGGAGGAACAAACCCAGAACACACUUCUCACCACUGGAGAUGAUUUAAAAGCAACACACCAUUCAUUGUGUAGCACAUUGGUUUUAGUUGUACCUUAGAACUUAGUUCUCCUUUCUAACAAAAGUAAUGUUUUCUUAUCAUUCUUACUCUUAUUAUUGGGAUUGGUUGUAUUUUUCGCAGCGUUUCAAUGAGGUCAUCACACAUCAGCUGUUAGAUGUUGAAUAUGAGUUUGUGUCAGGGUCAGUGGUUGUCUGGUAAAAUCUUGUUUACUCAGUCAGUGAGCUUUUGUUCAUGAUGCUUUAUGACCAGGCGACGCGUUUUACAGUAGAUGCCAAGAAGGUUCGGGUGUUUUUGAUGAAAGCUGGGUCAGACAGCAAAUGUAUAAGAACUGCAAAAAUACACAACAAUCUAAUACUCAACAUGGUAAUGUCAUCUGGGCAUACCAUGUGUGUUACAGUACGCGCCUUAACAGAUGAGGGUUAGUGCAAUGACGGUUUCUUCCUGAAGACAGCUAUGAUAAAACCGUUUCGCAUUCUAUCACUUUAACUAAAGAUUUUUGUCUCACUGUCCAUUAGGCCCACGAAUUACCAAGGCUUGACAGAAAAGUUUGACAUUUUGGGAAAUAAAUAAGUGUCCCGAGCCUUGAGUUACCUCAGUGACGGACUGUCUUGUUGAGGACAGACUUUUAUUAGACACGUGUUCUUAUUGGUAAUUUCCCUUGUUUCCCCCGUUAAUGAAAACUUGGAGUGGCCCCCAAGCACUAAAGUCAUCAGCGCAGCAAGAGUUCUGUCAGCUGUUCCACUUUGUCUUCUUACCAGACAACACUCGCAAAAAUAUUUAAGCCCAAUUUAAGAUUAUUGCAUUUUGAUCUUAUAUAAAAUUCCCAUCCAUUUAGAUGAACGCAGAUAAAUUAAUAAACUUCAUGUUUUUUCUAACAGAUACGCUCUUUUAAUAUUGAAUACAUAAACCUGGUUGGAACAAAUUUAAAGGAAACUGGAUUUAUUGAUUAUGAAUAUAUAAAUCUGGUUAUUGUGUAUUCAAAACACUUGUAUUGCAUUAAUGUCAUCUUGUUUUAUUGUUUGUCUGACAAAUAUGCAUCACAUUAAGUUUAUUAGUGAGUUCAUGUUCAAUCUGUGAAAUGAAAAUGGACAUUUUUUACAUGCAAUUACAUGACACAAAUAUUAAAUAUUAGGCCUGAAUCUUUUUGUGAGUGAAUGUGAAGCUGCCCUCAACAAAACUCAACACUUUCUUCAGAAAAUGUUUGGUUGAUGCUGAAAACAAACUCAACGAACUGGAGUGUUGAGUUUAACACCACUGUUGUUGUACUGAUGAAUUAGUGCCGAGGAUUGACAUUCACCAACGCCAAGAAAAAUGAAUCUCUAAAACCUUUAAAGGUCACUAAAAAGACAAUUCAGCGUUAUAAACUGCAUCAAAAUUGAUUGCCACCAUCUUCCCCUGGUCAGGCCAGAAAGUAAUUCAGCAAUAUUCUCAUCUAACUCAAUCUGCAUAUUUCCCAUAAUGCUGAGCUGUUCCUUUAAUGCAUUCGUAACCCCAAAUAAAUUCCAAACCAGCAGUGGUUUCAUUGGAGAUGAUGUAACUCUGGCGAAGUAAUUGUUUGUCCAUGAAAAUGGCUCUGUACAAAUAUGUGAUAUGGAUAUUGGGACAAAACGAGCUGAAUAAACAUUUUGUUUUUGGCCACAGGCCACUUGAACCCUAAAGCACACACACACACACACACACACACAUAAACUGCACAUGACCUAUUUAUGUUGCAUUAGUCAUUCCAUACGGUUUCAGACGUAGAGCGUGAGAACAUAGAACCCUGAGACUUGAUGAUAGUUUCUUUUUUUUCCCCAGAUGAAAAACGAAAGGGGUUUCUGACGUCCUGCCGUACGCAGGACUCAAAGACACGUCCCAUAGUGCCCAGCUGGCAACGAUCACAGGUGCUGUUAAAUAGGUUCUAUAUAUUGUGAUACACAGCGCUGUGUUAAAAAAUGGAUGAUUCAGGAUGGUUGCUGAUGACGCCUGAUGGAGUCCCACCCCCCCUCUUCAGACAUGUAAAAUUGAUGCCACAUAUGGAGGCGUGCUUAUGGACACACACACACACACACACUCACACACACACACACACACACACACACACACACAGACACACACAGACACACACACACACACAGACAGACACACACAGACACACACACACACACACACACAGAAACACACACACACACACACACACACACACACACACACAGGGACGGACGAUUUGUUUCCUGUUAUAUGGUGUUUUUUGCAGUCGUUUGGCUUUGUAGAACAAUCAAACUCCCCCUUUUCCCCUUCUUCUCUGCGCCCCUGCCCCCCAACACAAACACCCCCCCUCCCAGUAUUUCUAUGUUCAGAGAAAAGCUUUUAUGUAAGAUGUAUCUAAUCAAUGUUUCUAUUUUCAUACAGUUAUAUAUGGAAUUUAUGUUAGGCCAGUCGCGACGCCGGAGUCAAUCUGGUUCCACUUCAGUCAGCUCAAGCAGCCGGAAUGAGUUUAUAUUUAGGGGCUCUUCAUAUUAAUGAGGCCUCCAGACACAUUUGUGUCCUGUCCAGAGGUUUGUAAUUACAAAUCAAAUUGCCACGAGUGACGCUAGAGAAUCAGCACAAGGGCCGAUACGCUGUGGGCCUUUACUUAAUCUGUUGAUUUGAUAUAUGAGCUCACGUGAGAUUUCAUUAGUAUUCUGACAUUAGAUUUAUCUAUCUGUCCAUCCACCCAUGAGCUGACUGAAUUGAACAGAGCUUGGCCCACACCGCAGUAAACUCUCCUCACCUCUGAUAUUUCUACUACACUUUAUAAGUGUCUUCGUCUGUUGAGAUACUUCAAUAAAACAAAAUCACUAUUUUCUACGUCUUGAUGAAAAUCACCUGUGUGUUUCAACUGACUGAGACCUGUCUUUAUAAAGCCCCUUUGGACUCAGAGUGCUGACCCAAGAUCAGCGACCCCCCCGGAGACCCCGUCACUGCUCAGUGGUUUCCAUGGAGAGCGGUGCAUCGUCUGCGUAGAGUGACACCAAAUCAUGUAUUGCUCCUAUUUCACUCCGUGGAACAAUUUGUAUUUUCAGUGAGGUCUCUCUGGUCUUGGAUCAGCACUCGCAAGGAAAAUAUUUCAUGAAAACAGGAUCUAGAGUGAAAAUAAUUAUCUUUUUCUAGUGCGUGGUACAUUGCUUAUAUUAAUAAAUAACGUUUUUUGUCAAGCGCCGCCCGCUGACGUCUUUUUUGUGUGCGAGUGAAACUCAAGAAAUUACAACAAUUACACGCUUGGUUGGAGGCAACAGAAGCACUUUGGUUAAGGUUAGAGGAAGAUUUGACUUUAAGCUCGACAUCUAAGUCUAACUGUGUGAGUAAUUUAUUUACAUCUGUUGAACCCCUCCCUAAGUUUUCAUCCCCUUUUUAUCAUUUCUUUUAUCUUUCAGCGCUGGAAUUACUUUCAUCGUUUUCCUCUCAGGAUUUUAUUUUUAAUUUGCUGCCCUC